GAACUCCUGCAGAAGCACAACAGAAAGGAGAUCCUGCAGGGCAUGGUCCCAAGUGCAGGUGGGUCCAAGCUUGGCAGCUUUGCAGCGAAGAUGAAGCUCUCGCUUUCAGGUCUGCUGAAGCCUGGCCCUGUGCAGACCAAGGCUGCGGCGAAGAAGGCUGCAGCGACGACGGCUGCAGCGAAGAAGCCUGCAGCCGGGAAGGCGGCACCCAAGAAGCCUGCAGCCCUUGAGACGGCAGAGCAGGAGAGUGCAGGCGAUGCUGAGCACAAGAGCAGCAAGAAGCAUGGAGGCAAGGGCAAGUUGCAGAAGAAGGCCUCCAAGAAAUCCUUGGAGAAGAAGCAGGAAGAGAAGGCUUUGAAGAAGGCUCUGAAGCAGUUGAAGGCAGACACACAAGUUGCAGGGGCUGCCCCCGCCUCAGUCCCCGCUGCAGCCCCAGCAGCAGCCCCGGCAGCAGCCCCGGCAGCAGGAGAGGAGAAGCAGCGAGUGCAGAAGCAGAAGCUGCUCCGUGAAGCGGCUUUGAAGACUCUCGGAGAUGAUCUUGGAGAUGACCUGCGGAUGCCGCUUGCAGAUGGCAGUUGGCUCUUGGACCAGCACAUGUCUCUGGGCUGGCAGUACCUGAAGUGGAGCCUGCCAGGCCUGCAGAAAGCAGAGAUCACCUGCAUUCGUGCAGAUGUUGUGCAGGCUUUCACAGCCCUUGCAGACCCGACAACCGAGCUGCAGGGCUUGGGAGAUGCAGAGUGGCUGCUCUGUGCGAGCCAGAUGCAGGAGCAGAGGAAAGCCUUCUUGCAGCAGGAGCUGCAGAAGGACUUGAUCUUCGUGCCGAUCUAUGCAGGGAGCCACUGGACCUUGCUGCAAAUCUGCAGAAUUGGAACCCUGCAGGUCAGAUACUACGACUCACUGCAGGAGGAGGCUGCAGGAAACAGACGUGUUGCAGAGCAGGCUCUUGGGGACUGUAACAGCCUGCAGUGGCCCUCAGCAGUGGCCUGGGCUGGAAGGCUGCAGACUCUGUGCAAAGCACUGCAGAAGGAGCAGACGAUGAUCAUGGACACGAAGAUGAAGGCUGCAGCCAAAAAAGCACUCCUUGAAGUCAAUCAGAAGAAAGCUGCAGCGAGCAAGAAGAAGGGUGAAGAGGAAAUGAAGAGCCUGUCCAAGAAGGCUCUGGAAGACCUGCUGAAGGAUCCUGCAGGCAAGCCCUGCUUCGAGAACUUGAGUCUGCAGGCUCAGGCAGAGGUGUUGAAGGUGAUGGACGGUUUCACUGGAGGCACCUGCACCAGAUGCAGGGAAGGAGAUGG